ACAUCCUGCUCAGGGCAAAGCCUACGCUGAGGGAUUUUGGGCGAGACAGCUUUACUCAGAGGAGCAAGGAUACCAGCAGGGGAGAGGAAUGGAGCGCCUGGCCUCCUUCAGCAAUGACCCCUUUGAUAAGCCCCCGUGCCGAGGCUGCUCUUCGUACCUCACAGAGCCCUACGUGAAGUGUGCGGAGUGCGGGCCUCCUCCCUUCCUCCUCUGUUUGCAGUGUUUCACGCGAGGAUUUGAAUACAAGAAACAUCAAAGUGAUCAUACUUAUGAGAUAAUGACUUCAGAUUUCCCUGUCUUGGAUCCUAACUGGACAGCUCAAGAGGAAAUGGCACUGCUAGAAGCUGUGAUGGACUGUGGAUUUGGAAACUGGCAGGACGUAGCCAACCAGAUGUGUACAAAAUCCAAGGAGGAGUGUGAGAAACAUUAUAUGAAACACUUUAUCAACAACCCCUUGUUUGCAUCUACGUUACUGAACCUGAAGCAGGUGGAGGAGGCACAGCACAGCGAAACGGCCAUCCCAUUCCACCCUGCUGAUGACCCCCCACGGCCUACUUUUGAUUCCUUGCUCUCCAGAGAUAUGGCUGGGUAUAUGCCAGCAAGAGCUGACUUCGUUGAGGAGUUUGACAACUAUGCUGAGUGGGAUUUAAGGGAUAUUGAUUUUGUAGAAGAUGAUUCAGACAUUCUGCACGCUCUGAAGAUUGCAGUAGUAGAUAUCUAUCAUUCCAGGUUAAAGGAAAGACAGAGAAGAAAAAAAAUUAUAAGAGAUCAUGGCCUAAUCAACCUCAGAAAAUUUCAGAUUUUGGAGAGACGAUAUCCAAAGGAGGUUCAAGACCUUUAUGAAACAAUGCGACGAUUUGCACGAAUUCUUGGACCAGUAGAGCAUGAUAAGUUCAUUGAAAGCCAUGCAUUGGAGUUUGAGCUGCGAAGGGAAAUAAAACGACUGCAGGAAUACAGAGCAGCAGGAAUCACCAAUUUCUGUAGUGCGAGAACAUACGAUCACCUGAAGAAGACAAGAGAUGAGGAACGCCUGAAGCGCACGAUGCUGUCAGAAGUCCUGCAGUACAUCCAGGACAGCAGCGCCUGCCAGCAGUGGCUCAGUCGACAAGCCGAUAUUGAUUCUGGCCUGACUCCUGCAGUACCAGUUCCUUCAAAUUCAGGUAGACGGAGCGCCCCACCACUGAACCUCACGGGUCUGCCAGGGACAGAGAAACUCAAUGAGAAGGAGAAGGAGCUCUGUCAGAUGGUGAGGUUAGUCCCUGGAGCCUAUUUAGAAUAUAAAGCUGCUUUAGUGAACGAGUGUAACAAACAAGGAGGCCUGAGACUUGCACAAGCUAGAGCGCUCAUCAAGAUCGAUGUGAACAAGACCAGGAAAAUCUAUGACUUCCUUAUCAGAGAAGGGUACAUCACGAAAGCCUGAGGACAGGCAGAAGCGCUUUGGAUGGAGCAGACAGACGUGGAGAAGGUUUGAAGUCACUUGGACAGUGCUGAAACAUUUUAACUGUGUUGAAUGAAGGAUGUUUCCCAUUGUUUGAAAUCUUUAGGAGCUUCUUUUUAAAAAAAGAAGUAGGAAGCUUUGUUAAAUGGUGUGAAUACUGACAUUUCCUUGUCUGGUUUCCUUUUAAUUCUGCUGUUUAACACUGCUGUUGUCAGAAUUACACCGCCACGUAGCACUGGAAAGGAUUGUCUGUUUUAUAAGUUAAUCUUAAAUGUGAAUGGACAUUCAUUUCUAACACCUCUUGUAACUAAAAAGAGAAUCACGGCGCUUUUACUCGGACAGUGGCGUGGAAUAAGGACAGAAGGGCAGCACAUACGGAGUCACGCUUUUACUUUGUGUGAGUACGGGGUAUAGAAAUGGGGUCCCCUCCCUUCUUGUACUCCUUCCUAAAACGGCGUCAGCUUCCAAAGGAGAUAGCACAUGCCAGAGGGUGUAAGAAUAGAGCUUGCAGUAGUCCGGUCUUUUUAACUUAAUUAUGAUAAAGGAUGGGAAAGGACAUUCCAGGGAAGCUCCUCAGCAGUUGUUACUUUUAUGUGAUACUAGCACAUAUCACAGCGUGAGAGCGCUCUACAAACCAAUAAGCUUCAUCUGCUCCCUCCUUGAUCUGCGACUGCCAAGUUCUAUAUAAUCCUUCACUUUAAGUCCUCUGAUGUGGUUGCCCCAGCUCAUUGGAAAGGCUGGAUGUUACAAGCUGAGCAGAGCAGCCUGCAGAACAUAAAUAAAAAGCCACUCCAUA